AUGCUCGCCUGUCGUAUUGCGCGGCAGGCCGAGCGGGGAGGCAUGCGGGUGCAUGGGGUUUCACAGAGGAGGAAUUGGGGCGCGACACAGGCUCGGCCAUUGUUUACGAGGAUACCCAGAAUACCCAGACUGUUGCCAAUUGCGCUAGGGCCAGCACAACGCGCUGGGGACUUGUCUCCUUCCCUGCCAAAGGUUGCGAGUCGCCGAUUGUCUGGCAAGCCUCUGCCACAAGGCAGGUCGGCAAUCCUCAAUUUCACUUAUCGCACCGCUGCGUGGUUUGGAAGCUCCGUCCUGUUCGUCGGUGUUGGCGUGGUCGCCUUCUUCAUCUACGAUGCAUCGACCUACAGGUCCCACGUUAGCCAGACCGACAUUGCCGUGUCAAAAAUGGCCCUGAACCCCCGUCGCGGCGGCCCCAAGAAUCUCCCCAUCCUAGAGGCUUGCAUCGAUGACGACGACAGCGAGGACAUGCAGAGGCAGAAGGACAAGCCCCGGCUGGUGAUCCUUGGCGGCGGCUGGGGAAGCGUCGCCCUCAUCAAGGAGCUCAACCCCGAAAACUACCACGUCACAUUGGUGUCGCCAACGAACUACUUCCUAUUCACUCCGAUGUUGCCGUCUGCAACUGUGGGAACACUGGGGCUGAAGUCGUUGGUGGAGCCCAUUCGACGCAUUAUACAUCGUGUGAAGGGCCACUUUAUUCGCGCUCGUGCAGAGGAAGUCGACUUCUCCGCCCGUCUGGUCGAGGUUUCUCAGAUAGGCUACGAAGGCAAAGAGGAGAGGUUCUAUAUCCCCUACGACAAGCUGGUGAUUGGGGUGGGUUCCGUCACCAAUCCCCACGGCGUCAAGGGGUUAGAAAACUGCCACUUCCUCAAGGAUAUCAAUGACGCUCGAGAUAUUCGCAACAAGGUGAUACAGAACCUGGAGCUUGCCUGUCUCCCGACGACAAGCGAUGAGCAACGGAAACAGCUUCUGUCGUUUGUUAUCAGCGGAGGUGGACCUACCGGCGUCGAGUUCGCUGCCGAGCUCUUCGAUCUGCUCAAUGAAGACCUGACUCUUUAUUUCCCCAAGCUCGUGCGGAACGAGAUCUCGGUACACCUAAUCCAAAGCCGCGAUCAUAUCCUCAAUACGUACGACGAGACGCUGUCCAAGUAUGCCGAGGAGCGGUUUACGCGGGACCAAGUGCAGGUCUUGACAAACUCGCGCGUCAACGAAGUUCGGCCGGACUCGAUCAUCUUCAGCCAGAAAGACGAGAAUGGGCAGAUCGUGACCAAGGAGCUUCCGAUGGGUUUCUGUCUUUGGUCGACUGGAGUAUCGCAGCCUGAGUUCUGUCAGCGCAUUGCUAAACAGCUCGGCGAUGCGCAGACGAACAAGCAUGCACUGGAAACCGACUCGCACCUUCGCUUGAACGGCACGCCGCUUGGUGAUGUAUACGCCAUCGGCGACUGCUCGACCGUGCAGAACAACGUUGCGGACCACAUUGUGUCUUUCUUGCGCGCCCUUGCGUGGAAGCACGGCAAAGACCCCGAAAACCUUGAGCUUCGUUUCUCUGACUGGCGCGAUGUGGCUGACCAGGUCAGGAAACGCUUCCCCCAGGCCGUUGGCCAUCUCAGGCGGCUUGACAAGCUCUUCCACGAGUACGACAAAGACCAAUCUGGCACCUUGGACUUUGGCGAGCUCCGAGAGCUUUUGAAGCAGAUCGACAACAAGUUAACCAGCUUGCCUGCUACGGCCCAGAGGGCUCACCAACAGGGCCAGUACCUGGCGCACAAGUUUAACAAACUUGCGCACGCGGCACCGGGGCUCCAGGCCAAUGAGAUUAUGGAUGGUGAUCUCGACGCUGCUGUAUAUAAGGCAUUUGAGUACAAGCAUCUCGGUAGCUUAGCCUACAUUGGGAACUCGGCCGUCUUCGAUCUUGGCCAGGGAUGGAACAUGUCAGGCGGUCUGUGGGCUGUUUACGCCUGGAGGAGCAUCUAUUUCGCCCAGAGCGUCAGCCUCCGGACCCGUAUCAUGCUCGCAAUGGACUGGGCGAAGCGAAGUCUUUUUGGACGAGAUUUAAUGAUCUAUUAG